AUGAACCGGCCGAUACAGGUGAAGCCAGCCGACAGCGAAGGACGAGGAGAAGACAGGAAGCUGUUUGUGGGGAUGCUGGGCAAGCAGCAGAGUGAGGAGGAUGUGCGGCGGCUCUUCGAGACCUUCGGCCAGAUUGAGGAGUGCACUGUCCUCCGGGGGCCGGACGGGGCCAGUAAGGGGUGUGCUUUUGUGAAGUUCUCCAGCCACGCAGAGGCCCAGGCAGCUAUCAACAGUCUACAUGGGGGACAGACUAUGCCAGGGGCGUCCUCCAGCCUGGUGGUGAAGUUCGCCGACACGGACAAGGAGCGCACCCUGCGCCGGAUGCACCAGAUGGCGGGCCAGCUCGGCAUCUUCAGCCCCAUGACCAUCCAGUUCGGAGCGUACGGCGCCUACACUCACGCUGUCAGUCCCAGCUCUCAGCAGCAGAUGAUGCAGCAGCAGGCAGCCCUCAUGGCGGCGACCCAGGGAUCCUACCUGAGCCCCAUGGCCAUCGCCGCUGCGCAGAUGCAGCAAAUGGCAGCUUUUAAUGUCAACGGUCUGGUGGCGACACCCAUGACUCCCUCCUCAGGCACCAGCACCCCCCCGGGCAUAGGUGGCAUAGGUGGCACUGGCGUGCCCAGCAUCGCAGCCCCCCUCGGGAUGAACGGCUUCAGUGCCCUCCCCCCCCAGAGCAACGGCCAGCCCGCCUCGGAGGCCAUCUACACCAAUGGCAUCCACCCUUAUCCAGGUGAGCCCCUCUACACCAACGGCAUCCACCCGUACCCAGCACAGAGUCCCACAGUGACAGACCCUCUCCAGCAGGCUUAUGCCGGGGUGCAGCACUACGCAGCAGCCUAUCCAACCGCCUAUGCGCCGAUCAGCCAAGCGUUUCCCCAGCAGCCAGCCAUCAUUCCCCAGCAACAGAGAGAAGGACCUGAAGGUUGCAACCUGUUCAUCUACCACCUGCCCCAGGAGUUUGGCGACGCCGAGCUCAUGCAGAUGUUCCUGCCCUUCGGGAACGUCAUCUCCGCCAAGGUCUUCGUCGACCGAGCGACCAAUCAGAGCAAGUGUUUUGGCUUCGUCAGCUUUGACAACCCCUCCAGUGCCCAGGCAGCCAUCCAGGCCAUGAACGGCUUCCAGAUUGGCAUGAAGAGGCUGAAAGUGCAGCUCAAGCGGCCGAAGGAUGCCAACCGACCCUACUGACCCUCACGCCACAUCCACUUACUAGGAUGAAGGGCCGCACCUCCUUAUUUCCACAAGUGCAGUAUAAGUACAAGACCUUUCGCUCUGCUACAUAUCACAAGAGAAGGGUGGUCCCUUGACUCUACGGGGAAGAUUUAAAAAAACAGACGACUGAGAUGGAGAGAAGGAAGGAACACGGAGAUUCUUUUCUUGGCAGUUUUCUCUUUCUUUUCUUUUCUUUUCUUUCUUUCCCCCCUGGUUUGCUUUGGCGUCUACGAAAGAGGAUUUUUUGCAGAGACCAAAUUUUUGCUGCUGUUUUUUAGAAAGGAGGAGAAUCUUUAUAGACACAUUAUGCUCAAAGCAUGCAUUCUAACAGAUAUAGAGUCACACAUACACACACACACACACACACACACACACACACACACACAGAGUCAGAAAUCCCACUUACAAACUAAUACACAAACACAGACAUGUGACAUCACAAUUUGCACAGCGUAUUUUCAAAGCUGCACAUAUAUGAACACCUGUGUGUGUCAGUGUAUAAAUAAACAGAAACAGCACAUACAAUGUACAGAUCACACACACACACACACACACACACACACACACACACACACACACACACACACCAGCCUGCUGCCAUUUUGGUUUUUGUGCCUACACAGGUGUCAGCUCUGCCCCAGGGCUCGCUCUGGAUCGCCAGGAAAGACAAGCGGAGAAUCCAGGAGAAUUUACAUGCAUCAUUCCUUAGGAUAUAGGGACCAAAGGACUACAAAAACGCUUUUUAAAAAGAAAAUAUAAAUAUAUGAAUACAAAUAUAUAUAUAAAUAUAUAUAUAUAUUUAAAAACUCUUACCUUGUAGCUGCAAGUAUUCCAGUUUAGUAGUAGUCGAGAGAAAAUCAUUAAUUCAGUAUCCAGUAGCCUAAUUAAGGUUAAAAAAAGAGAAAAAAAGUAUGUAUUUAAGACAAACAUGAAGUGGAGCUGUGAUAGGUUGUUCUGGUAGCUGUUUUUUUGCACCAGGUAGUAGAUUAGGGGGAACAAAUGUAGAUUAGAAAUGUAGAUUUGCUAAUUUUGCUGUACUUUUUAUUUUAUUUUAUUUUUGUUUUCUAAAGUUAAAAACAUAAUAAUACUUGAACACUUGAAAAGGACAAAUGAAACAAACCUGUUUAAGUUAAGAAGCUUACCAGUUUUCAUCCUACAAGACAGCAAGCAUCUGCUGUUCGGCCGCUGGAUAGAUAACUUGACUAAGUCCACACGCCAGAAGACAGACACACAGCCUAUGAAGGAAGAAUUUGAGAAAAAGGACAAAAAAGAUGAACCUAAAUGAAAACAAACUGAAAGACCUUCUAGAUGUCUGGAACCUUCUAGAACCUUCUAGAUGUCUGUACUGGACGGGGUGCGGGCUUCCCACAAGGCCUCUGAGUUCAAGCGACAAUCCACUGCAAAGACCAGGCGAAAUGGACACGUUGUCUUUUCUUUUGCUUCAGUCCUUUUCUUUGAGCUCCUCCUUGAGCGGUUUUGUACUACGUCAAGGAGAGUGUUGUUAAGAGACUGGCCCUAGGACGGCACUGGGUUUGGACUUAAUCAGAGCACAUGGAGGACAAGAACACAACAGGUGGAUAAACUGUUCAAACUGCCUGAUGAGUGGGCUCCUCGUCGUCAUCAUCAUGAACGUAUCCAUAUGCUGAGUGAAAAAUACAAAUAAUACAAUAAAAAAAAACUAUAAAAAAUAACAGGUAUGACACAUAUAAGGCACACUUAAGUACACAAGGACAUUUGGAGCAGCUGAUGCCAUUGCAAAACCCACACACUCUAUAGGUACUUACCCUACUGAAAUACCCAGAGCAUCCCACACGCUCUAGAGGGACUUACCCUACUGAAAUACCCAGAGCAUCCCACACGCUCUAGAGGGACUUACCCUCCUGAAAUACCCAGAGCGCCCCUACCAAGCUGUGCCAUAUGCACCAUGCAAGACAUAUUCGGUCCGAGGCGAAAAAAAAAAAAAAAAGAGAGACAAAGCUUUUAGUAUUAUUUGAGCUGACUAGAGUGAACCGAUGUAUGCCGCCUGUUAAACCUGCUCUCCAGCCCUCCGUCCUUCUUGAGGAGAAAACCCCACUGUCUCACCAUGAUGCAGCCUGAACUUUAGCCAUUCCCAGCCCUACACCUACAGCCCUGCCUUGCCUUACCCUGCCCCUACCCUACCAUGCCCUACCCGACCCCUCUAUUCACAACCAAUACAUUCCAAGCAGAACUCAGCUGUCAUCCCUUAAAAAGUGACUUUGUUUGACCUUGCCGAACCCUCGUGCCCCCCCCCCCCCCCCAUGUUUGAGCAAUUUUGUUGCCAACGAUGAUGGAUGUCAGCCUGCCGGGCACUAAAUCAGUAUCUUUUUUUCCCUUUGUGUGUUGUUUAUUCAGCUAAAGAGUUUUGAAAGAAAAGAAAAAAAAAACACAGUCUGUCUGUUCCAAAGGUUUGCUUCUCAGUUUGUGUGCAGAUACGCUCAAGCACUUGUCCCCUUUUUUCCUGAAGUCUGCUGAAAGCCAGAGAGAAAAGAUUAAAAGUUAAAACAGA